CAGUACGGAAGUCAAUUACGGUGCCCUUUUUUUUCAUUAGUAUACCUCGCCUGACCCCAAUGGCGCUGUUAUCCGUGUCCUUUAACGCUAAUUGGGGCUAACAUGGAAAUAGCUACUCCGCCUCCAAACACGAUUGUACAAGAAGUUCUUGAAAAAAAAAAUUAUAGAAGGUGGAGCAUUUUAUUGAAACACUACUUAGUGGCUCAAGAUGUUUGGGAUGUUAUUGAACCAAGGCCGAUGACAGAAGAAACAGAUGAAAGGGUGUGGAGUAGAAAGAAUGCUUUAGCUCUGCAUGCCAUUAAGAUUUCAUGUGGAGCAAAAGCAUUUGAUCGAAUAGAGAAGAUAGAUUCAGCCAAAGAUGCUUGGGAGGCAUUACUCGAUAUGCAGAAACCCCAAGUCUAUUAUGAAAUUGCUGAGCUCCACGAAGUUCUCUCUUUGGACAUUACCGAGCCCUACCAAACAGGUUUUAUUAGCCUUUUUUUUUUUCUUUCAAAAUCCAUCUAGCUGUUUGAGUUACUUUUUUUCCAGCAUUUGUCAUUGGAGAGACUGCAGAACAGUUAAGUUUGUUGAGGUGUUGGCCUAGAUCUAGCUAAUGUUCCUUGUGUUUAUCUAUUUUUGCGUCUUAGCAUUAUGUUUUAAGUCAUGUGCGUCACUAUGUGGUAUUGAGAUCGAUUUUUGGUUUGUAGCCUGGAUUUGAUAUUAA